AUGGCUAGCGAAUAUUCUAAUACCAACCCUUUUGUCACCGACGACGAUUCUGGGACUAGAGGUGUUCAACAAAAUCACCUUUAUAGUCCUUCUUCUCAGUCACCACCAAAUGUUAAUAUUUAUGGUGAAUAUCAACAUAUAACCUUUCCCACACCUCAUAUACCUGGUCCAUAUACUUCUCCAAAUGAACAAAAUAAUGUUCCACUUUAUCCUGUAGAUACUUUUAAAAAUAAUAAAUAUAAUAUAAAUAAUCCUCCUGCAGCAUAUAUUCCAGAAAAUAAUUUUGAUAGUUAUAGUUCAAAUGCAUAUGCUGGAGGAGGUUUAAAUGUUCCAAAUUCAUCAGAUUCAUCAAGUGAUGAAGAUGAUAAUACAGAGAAUAUUACAAAUUCUGUGGCAGCUAAUCCUGGUAUUGAAGCUUCUGAUCCUAAAAAAUUAAAUCCACUUACUCCUGAAAUGAUUUCAAAAAAAUCAACACCAGAUGGUGCCAAUAAAAUUGCAAUUAUAUUUACAUAUAUUGUAUCUUGUGUAUCAAUACUUGUAUCAUUAUUUUUUUUAAUUCUUUAUUGUUCUCGUCGUUGGUUUAAAAAGAACAAAAUACAAAGAUGGUUAUUACUUAUAAUUGAUUUGACAUUAGGUAUAAGUUUUGGUUGUUUGAUGGUAUUUUUAAUCAAAGGUUUCUCUUGUAAACCUGGAAGUGAAAAUGGAUGGUGUGAUUUUUAUAACACUAGCAUAUUUUUUAAUGUUCUAUGUUUUGUGUUAUAUGCAAUUUCAUUCAUUUGGGAUAUUCUUGGUUCAUUUGAUAUGUUUAUUAAAGCUAAAAAGUAA